ACUGCCCGUCUGCUCGUCGUUUAAUAAUAUGGGCUUUUUUUCUGCCUUUGUUUGUUACAUUUGUUUUUUCUGUUGAAUUCGUGGAAAAGCUCAAGAAUUUAUGCAUUAAGUUUGCAUAUGCGUUUAUUCCUGCAUAUCUCCGGUUUGACUCAAAGAGAGUGAUCUUUGGUUGUCGUUCGUGAAAAAUCCUUAUCAGAGACUUACCAUGAACAUAAGUGCUUCGAAGUACUUCACUUUAGAGUAGCUCACCACUGUCUUUGUUACUUUGUACUUGGUAAAAGGCAGUUGGAGUUCCGAUAUGUAUACGUAUCAUUUGGCCUUUGGCUAAAAACAGUUUCGAGACGAUGCUUUGGAUUGUGAUAACUUGAAGGAUAUGCUUUUGGCGCCUCGGCUGAUGUGGCAAGCAGGCGGGAAGCUGUGCUUUGGGACAUCACGGCACAAUGGAAUCCCUGGAGAAAAUGCACUUUCACGACUGGAUGCGGAAAAUCGGUUCGGCAUUAUUGUAUGCUGUCUGCUCUCUCCUGCUUAUGACGAUCAAUAAGAGCGUCUUGACGUCGUAUGGGUUUCCAUCGUAUGAAGUGCUUGGAUUUGCGCAGAUGGUUACCACGGUGGUGGUUUUAAGCACUACAAAAGCUUUUAUACCAGCGCUUUUUCCCAACCCGAGCCCACAUGUUUUUCGAAAGGUUGCUCCACUGUCGUUAAUUUUUGCCGGUAAUUUGUUUUUUGGACUUGGCGGCACAAAAAUGAUCAGCCUGCCAAUGUUCACAGUGCUGCGAAGGUUUUCCAUCCUGUUCACGAUGUUUGCCGAAUACUGGUUUCUGCGCGUUAUUCCAUCGCGGUCAGUCCAGAUUGCCGUGUACGGUAUGAUUCUGGGAAGCGUUGUGGCGGCUGCGCAUGACUUGUCGUUCACUUAUACGGGAUAUUUCUUCGUCCUCAUGAACGAUGUUUUCACGGCUGCUAAUGCCAUAUGCAUUAAGAAAAUUCUCAAUUCAAAGGAACUAGGGGAAUAUGGAUUGAUGUUAUACAGUUCCGCGCUCAUGUUGAUCCCGUCGCUAGUGUAUACUUCUGGGACAGGCCAGCUGUCUAAGGCAAUGGAAUUUGCGAAAUGGACAGACUGGGGAUUUUUUCUGCGUUUUGGCAUAUCCUGCAUUAUGGGAUUCGUGAUCAAUUAUUCAGUCGUAUUGUGUACCCAUUAUAAUUCGGCUCUGACAACGACAGUAAUUGGCGCUUUAAAGAACAUUUUGACAGUAUACUUUGGGAUGUAUGUUGGAGGAGAUUACAUUUUUGAUGUUUGGAAUUUUCUGGGAUUGAAUAUCAGCGUGGUUGCCAGCCUGCUAUAUUCCUACGUGGUAUUUUUCGAGUCUGAAAGGAAGCAGACAAAAGCAGUUCGUGUGUGCACUGGAAUAUCGGCGGUAUAAAGGAACGUGCGACAGGCUUUCCUGAAUUCCUUAUCAUAUGUGUCCUUACAUUUUGCUGUGAUAUGGAUAUCUUCCAUAUUCUUUAUAAGAAGUUUUUAUAACAGUAUUACUCCGUACAGUAUGCUCGUUUUGCGCGGUUUUAUUGCACUUUGUUUGAGCUGUUUUUGCACAUUGUUUAAAUUUUAAGUUCAGAAAUCUCAUGUGUACCUAAACUGUUAAUGCUGCGAAUGAAUCACUUUAAGCAAAAUAUUUGACGCAGUUCUUUACGUUCCCCAAUUCUGUUGAAAAUUACGUAUUAAAAACAACAGGCAAAUG